AUGGACCCUAGACAGAAUAACGAUAUAUUUAACUACAUUAUAUAUUUUAUAAAAAAUAACAACAUUAAUGAUGAUCUCAUAAGUGUGAAAAAUAUAUACAACCAUAUUAAAAAAAAUAAUAUUAGUCCUAAUAUUGUAAAUCCGUUAGAUGAAGAUAGAAAUAUAUUUUAUAGUUUAUUUUCUAUAAUUUAUAAUAAAAUAAAAAUAUAUAUUCAUUUAUUAAGAAAUAAAAAAUAUAACAAUGAUUUUCCAAAUUUCCUAUCAAAAAAUUAUAUUAACAGUACAUGUAUUUCUAACAAUUAUAUAAAAACAUAUGAUAUAUUAUAUAGUCCUAAAUGUUAUGUAGCAAUUGAAUAUUUUAUAAAAACCCUUUCACUAUGUGUUUCAAAAUUAAAUAUAAAAGAUGAAAAAAUAUUUUUUUUUUCUGGAAUCAAUCUUAUAUCUUCUUUGUUUGACUUGCAAAUGGCUGAAAAAGAAAACACACCUACAAAAGUUGAUAAAAAUGAUAAAAUAUUAAACACUGAAGAAUUUCAUUUAACUGUAAUAAGAUAUAUUAAAAAUGUGUUUAAAUAUAUAUACCCACAUAAUGCAUUUAAGGGAAUAAAUCAAGCCAAUUCAACAAGUACAACUAAUAUAGCUAGCUUUAAAAGUGGCGAUAAUUGGAGCCAAUUGGACAGAAAGUUGGAUAGUUUUUUUUGUCUUUUAAACAUUAUCCGAAAUUUGGUAGAAUUUAUUAUAAAUAAAAAUAAAAAAAUUAAAUUAAAAAGCCUAAAAUUAUUAUAUAUUAUUCAUAAAAAAAUAAAAAAUACAUAUAUAAUAAAAAAAAUAUUUAAAUGUGUUAGUUUAAAUUUGUUUAUUUUAUAUAAAAGCAUUAAUAUGAACAAAAUUAAAAUUAUUAUUUUAAAAAUAUUUACAAUAUCGAUUGAUAAAGUUUUGAAAUAUUAUUUGUUCAUUGAGGAUAAUGUUAUUUCUCAGUAUUUAAAAAGAUAUAGCUAUAUUUCAUAUAACACAUAUGAAUUAUUUCAACAAAAUAGUUUUAUAAAAAUAAAUGAUUCGAUUUUGAAACAGUGUGUGUUGUCAAAAGGGAGUUUAGAGAAAGACAACAAAAAUUUUGGAAAAAAACUUAUUUCUUGGAAUGAUCAAUCCAGUAUUCAACAAAAAGAAUCAACUUAUUUUUCAAACAAUAUCGAAUAUAUAGAAGACAAAAAUGUUAUAUCUAACAUUUAUUUUAUCUGUUAUUAUAUUUUAUUCAAUUACAAUUAUAAUGAGUAUAAAAAUGAUACAAAUUCUGGAGAUGAUAUAUGUGAAAUUUUGAAUAUUUGCAAAGUUAUUGUUAAAUAUUAUACAAUUUUAAAUAGAAAUAUACUUCUUAUGAUUUUUGUUUUUAUUUUAUCUCAAAUUUUUUAUGAUAAAGAUAUAAAUUUUUUAUCUAAUAUAAAUUUUUUGUUUAAUAAUAAGAUAUUACAAUAUUUUGAAGAAAACAAUUUGGAGAUUCAUAUUAUAGAAAGUUUAACAAAUAUAUUAAAAAACAAUUUUGACAAAUCAUAUAAAGAAAAAAAUCUUAAUCAGUAUAUGAUUGAUAACGAAACUGAUGAAUAUAUUUCUUCUAAUUAUAUUAAAAAUAUUAAUCAUGAAAAUAAAAAAAAGUGUUUCAAAAAUAUGCAUAAUUCAAAUAAUACUAUAAAUAUAGAUAUAAAAAAAGAAGCGUCAUUACCUAUUAAAUUAGGAAGUAAAUUUCAAAAUGAUCUACAUACAAUAUUUUUAAAUUUUAUAAAAAUUUUAUCAGAAAAAAAAGACAAAAAUCAGAGUUAUAAUGAAAUAAAUAAUUUUUUACUUGAUCAGUUAAAUUAUAAUAUAGAAAAUUAUGAUUUUAAAUAUUUAUAUAAUAUUUUUUUAUUAAAAAAAGAAAAUAAUAUUUUUAUUUUUUAUUUUUUAACAGGAUACAUAUAUUACACUUUUAUUAAUUAUAAUCUUAGAAUAAAAAAUAUUAUUAAUUUCUCGAAGCAUAUUAAUAGUUAUGUUAUUUUUAAUUUUUUACUAAAUUUAUAUGAAAUAUCUGAUUUAUCAUCAAUUCAUAAUAAAAAUGAUCAGCCUUUUCAAACUAACAUACAUAACAUAGUUUUAAAUGAAAACAAUUUAUUUUAUUCCAUUGAUAUAUAUAAUAACUAUCCCCUACUUCUUGUUGAUAAUAUUCAAGGCUUAUCAAAUUCAUUUAAUUUUGUUAACUUAUUGACACUGACAAAUGUGAAAAGUUGCUUUAAACAUCAGCCUAUAAGCUUGGUAAACAAGAUAAGCAUCUUUUCCUUUCUGGGGGUUGAAAAUAGCCAAAUCGAAAGCUACAUAAACCAUAUUUUAUUUUCUGAAUUUGAACUAAAAAAUGGAAAAGAUAACAAAAAUAUUGAGGAUAAAGAAAUGAAGCAAAAAUGUAAUAAUUUUCAUUUUUUAAAUUAUUUUCUUGAUUUUAUAAUUAUUUUAUUAUGGAUAAAAACAAAUUUAACAAAUAAAGAUGGAAAAUAUGUAUACAACUUUUAUGAUAAGACUGAUAUAUAUUUUGAACAAAAAUUAGAGACAGAAUUAAUAAAAAAUAUCUUAAUCGAGUAUUUGAAUAUUUUUAAUAAUUUUUUUUCUUUAGCAGUAAUAAUAAAAUUAAAAAACUUUAAAUUAAAUAUACAAAAAAUUGUAGAAAAUAUAAUUUGUUUAUGUUUCGAAAAAAUAAAAGAAAAUGAAAUAUGGAAAGAAAAUAAAAAAAAUAAUUCGCAUUAUUAUUUUAUAUCUUUGUUAAUUAUUUGUAUAAAUAAAUCUUUUCUAAUAUUAUAUUUAACCAAUUUAUAUGAAAUAAUAAAAAAAUAUUUUUACAAAAAUCUCGUUUUAUUUUUGUUAAAUAUAAAUAAUGAAUCAAAUAACAUCAAACAAUUGUCUACUUAUUUUUUGUUUAUUACACACAAAUAUUUAUCUAAUAAUGAAAAAGAAAAAUAUAACAAUAAAAAACAAAAUGAUUACCAUAACGAGUUAAUUCAUAUAAUUGACAAAUAUCAAGAUAUAAUAACUUGUUAUAUUUAUAAAAAAUUAAUUAACAUUGGAUCUAUUAAUAAUUGUAUGAAAAUAUUUAAACUCAUAAAAAUUUUAAUUUCUUAUAACUAUUCAAAUAUAUAUAUAUAUAAAGACAUAUGUAUAAAUAUUAUAAAAAUUACAAAAAAAAAAACAAAUGGUUUUUUGUUUUUAAAAAAUAAAAAUAAAAACAGUAUAGUUAUGAAUAUUCUAAAUACUUUUAAUUAUAUACUUUAUUUAUUUUACAAAAUUAUAUAUCAAAAUAGAAUUAAAAUAUUAUCUCAGAAAAAAUAUAUGUAUGCAAUAAAAGAUAAAAUACUAGAUGGCCAUGUAUAUAUAAAUAUUAACGAUUUAAAAAAUGAAAUAAACAAAAAAAAUAAUUUCAAUAAUUUAUUUGAAAUAAAUGUAGAUAACAAUCUAUCUGAUCUAAGUUAUGAAGUAGAUAUCCCUCAACAAUUUUUAGUCGAAAAAAAUAAAAAAAUAAUACUUUUAUACAAUUUUUUUUUUUUCAAAAAUAUAACAAGCUUUAGAAAAGAAAAAAAAAACACAUUUUUAAAUACAGUAAAAACAUUUUAUAAAAAUAUAAAAAAACAUAUAUACAAAAAUAUUAAUUAUCAACAGGUUGCCAAUUUAAUUGUAGAUGAUAAUUACUACGAUAUAGUUGAUCAAAUAAAUAAUACAAAUUUUGAAAAAGACACUAAAAAACAAAAAUGUCAGAAUAAUAAUUUAAAUCAUAUAGAAUUUACAGAUCAAAAUACUUAUUCAAUUAUCCUAUCUACAACUUCACACAUUUUUUAUUUUGCAAAGAAAUUUUUCUGUCAUGACGACGAACAUAUACGAUAUAAUGCACAAAUGUGUAUUUUCCAAUGUUUUUUUAUUUUUUCUACACACCGCCUUGAAUUGUAUCCCAAAAUAAACCAAGUAUUGGAAUAUAUAAAAGUAGCUCUUUCUCAAAAUCUGAAAAUGAACAAUCUUAUUAUUUUGAAGAUAUUAAAUUAUGUUACCAUAAUAGAUGAUAUAUUCCCAAUAAAACUAAUUUUAAAAGAUAUAAUAUCAACAUUAUGUUUUAAAUUGAAAAAGUUUGACAUAAAAAAUGGGUUACCAAACCAUAGUUACGAAUAUAGGUUCCUUGAAAAGGCAAUGGAAAUAUUUCUGACCCUUUCGAGAAUCGAAAAAUGUUUUGACAAAAUUUGUCCAUCAAUUUUAUUCCUUUGUCUCAAUAUUCUUAACAAAUUAUAUGAUGAUAAAAUAAAAAAUAUUUCUCUAAAUAUAAUUUCUAACUUGUUCAUUACUAAUAUUCCUAAGACGAAACAAGUAAUUGAGAGUAUCCGCAAAAUAAAGGAAAGAAUAAAUUUUGUAUACAACGAAAAUAUUUUAACUAAAAAAAUAAUAAAUAAAAUUGUUUUCAAAAAAAUUAUAAAUGAUAUUGAAGUUGUAGAUCAUUUAUCUUUCCUUUCGUGUUUAUUUAUGUCUGAAGAAUUAAAAGAAAUUGUUUUUUUAAUUAUUUCAAUAGACUACAACUUAAUCCUUUUUCUUAUAUUUUAUUUCGAGUUAUUAAUUGAAAAAUACAAAUACAAAUGCUCCUUAAAUCAGCAUUCUUUAAUUGUACAUAAUCAUUUUAAAAAUUAUUAA